CCCCCAGGUGAGUCGGUGGUGGGGGGGGGGGAACACCUGAGGAGGGAGAGGGGGUAGGACGAAGGGUGGCUGGGAAGUCGUUUCCUCCGUAGUCCUCGCCAUUUGUCGCGUAAUCCGGAUUGAAAGUUGCACAAAAUGGCUACAUUUUGACUCCCGGGGGGUCGAACCCGUUCCUCCGGACGCAUGGGGAACCACAUGGAGCGGUUAAGUUACGCCGAAGUUCCCACCGUGGACCCGCACGGCGGGGACCGGGAUGAGGGUCCCCGCAUCGGCGUCUCGUAUAUUUUCUCCGGCGGGGACGACGAGGAGGACGACGACGACGACGGCGGCGGCGGCGCUGGGGCAGCAGCCGACGGCACCCAAGCGAACUCGCACCCGGAAGAACCGGCGUUCGACCCGCGGGAGGAGGUGGAGUGCGUCGUGUACAAGCUGGACGAGUGCGUGUACGAGAAGAACCGCCGCUCGUCCGCCUUGGACCUGUGCUCUCCGGAGAAGCUGCUCGACCAGUGCCGAGCCGGCGACCUGGUGGAGUUCGUGGCCGCCGGCCAGUACCCGCACUGGGCCGUGUACGUGGGCGACUUCCAGGUGGUCCACCUGCACCGCGCCGAGGUCAAGAGCGCCUUCCUGACGGACGCCGGCCGGGGGAGACCCUGCCGGGUGGUCAACGAGCGCUACAAGUUCCGAGCUCGGGACCCCGAGGCGGUGGUGCAGAGCGCCCUGGAGCAGGAACUGUGGAAUAAACGCUGCAACGGCUCGCCGCAGGUGGGCCUGAAGGACGGCGAGCUGACCUGGCGGAACUCGGAGGCCUUCGCCGCCUGGUGCCGCUUCGGCCGCAGGGAGCUGAAGGCCGGCGGCGAGCCGAGCGGCGCCGCCCGCCAGCCGUACACGCUGCACGUCCUGCUGGGCGACCGCAAGUACUCUCACGCUCUCGAGUUCCAGAGCCUGGAGGACGCGAUCGCCGAGAAGAGACGGGGGGACCACCUGGGCCGGAGCGCCCUCCUCCGGGAGCUGGCGGCCCACCUGAGGACCGAGCCCGGAGCGCAGUGAUGCCGACGCGUCGCAGAUUUAUUCUUCUUCAAAUUUCCAUCUCUCACUUAAAUACUGCGUUCAUGGAGUAGGACUUCAAUUUGCCAAGUUUUCCGCCAACUCGGCAAGUUUGGCAACACCGCCCUCUGCUGUCCGACGCGAUGAACGCCGCGACUGCUGCCUUGCUUAAGACCCGUUGCGGCGGUCACGUGACCAGACCUGAAAAAGACAUCGCGAGUCGACGACGUGACGGGUUCGAAGAAAACUUUUGCAAGUUUGGGUUCAAGCAAUGUGAUGAACCGGCUACGCUAGUUAAUAGCGGUCGACGGCGAUCGAGUGCGCGUAACGCGGUUUCAAGCUAACGUCUCCUCCUUACGUUACUAGUAACUUUUGCUGCUUUUAUAGUGUCAUAUGAAGUGAACAUAAUCAUAAUAUUUGCAACGUAAACGCUCCUAAUAUUGUUACUACUUAGACGUGAGCUUGAAACCUGCCGCUGCUGUUACUAAACCAAAUGUUUUCAGUACUUUAUUAUACAUAUAAUAUUUGUUUGCAUCUCAUAUGAAUAUCUGUGAAACGUUGUAAAACCUGCCCCGGAAGUCGUGGCCUCCGUACUGCACUUCUUGUAAGGUUCAAGCUAGUUGUAGCAGAAAUAACCUCUUUUUCUAGUUGUAGCAGAAAUAACCUAUUUUUAAUGGAAAUGUAUCAAAAUUAUUUUGAGUGUGGGUAUAAAUUUGUUUUAAAAAAAAAUAUUCUUAAAAAGUGAUGCAAAUAUGUGUAAUAUGUGAUGUAAGGGGGCUCCCCCCCCCCCAACAAAAAUUUUUUUUUUGGUGCUCGUCCACAAAGUAAACGGUUUAAAAUUCCACCAUUUUGUGUUCAUUACUCUUUACCUGUGCCUUAUUAAUAAUAUAUGCCAUUUUUUUUCCCCAAAGAAAAUAAACUGCUUG